AUGGCUAACCCAGGUCUGAACGAGCUUCUGAAGUGGAGCGUCGAGAAUUCUGCCGCCUCUCGCGACGAUGCAGCAUCCCAAACGGACCAGCAGGGUACACGCGAUGCCUCGCGCGGUCUUUCAGCCGACGCAUUGGCAGCUCUCCUAGGCGGGCCAUCUGACGCAGACCGCAUGCGCGACGCCAUGGCCGCCAUCGUAUCGCCGGACGUUGAUCUCGACAAUAAACUCAUAGCCUUCGACAACUUCGAACAACUGAUUGAGAACCUCGACAACACGAACAACAUGGAACCCCUCGGCUUGUGGAUGCCGCUGGUGAACCAGUUGAACCACGAAGAGCCGGAGAUGCGGAGGAUGGCGGCAUGGUGCAUCGGUACUGCCGUGCAGAACAAUGCCAGGGCCCAAGAGAGGCUACUGGUCCUCGGCGGUAUCCCCAUCCUGGUGAGAAUCGCAACAGACGACAACAAUCAGGCUACGCGGAAGAAAGCCAUCACGGCGCUCUCGUCCGAGGUGAGAAACUUCCAGCCGGGGCUCGAUGCAGCCGUGAAAGCUCUUCCCGAAGCCCAGCGGCCGGCGGCAAAGGUGGAUGCGGGCAACAUGGAGGACGUGGACACUGUUAUCCAGCAACUGCGCGAUCGCUCCGAAGCGCGCGGAUGA